CGCGUGUCUUGGGCCCCACCGGCACCCGUAGGGAAGCCUAGGCAGCGACGGCGCCGCCACGUCCGCGGCGGCGGCCCGAGAAGUAUUGGUUGGACUUCUAGGUGACUCCUGGUAACCAUGGCCUUUACCCUGUACUCGCUGCUGCAAGCGGCCCUGCUGUGCGUGAACGCCAUCGCUGUGCUGCAUGAAGAGCGCUUCCUCAAGAACAUUGGCUGGGGAACAGACCAGGGAAUUGGUGGAUUUGGAGAGGAACCAGGAAUUAAAUCGCAGCUAAUGAACCUUAUUCGAUCUGUAAGAACCGUGAUGAGAGUGCCAUUGAUAAUAGUGAACUCUAUUGCUAUUGUAUUGCUCUUACUGUUUGGGUGAACAUCAGUGAAGAAACAGACUUCUAAGAAGAGAUGCCAGCAGAAAUUACUGCUCUGCUCAUCAGUGAAGUAUUCAAUUGUCCUUGCACUGGACAAAAAUGUAAAGUUGUCAAUAAAACCAAGAGUUUUUCUCUGAUUUUUUUUUCUUCUUUUUUAACGUUGCAACUGUAUUUUCAUAGCAAAAUGAUCCGAUCAUCAGAACCAGCAACUUUCCAGGAUUGGACUAUGACUGAUUGCUUGCUGUUAACAAUAGCUCAUACUGUGCUAUGCUAUGCUAAAGAGUGUUAAAAGGGUAUAGGAUUGUUGCUUCUGCUUUUCUGGAGGGAGAUUGUUUUGUUUUGUGUUCAGGUACAGUUCUAUCUCUCACUUCUCAGGGAUAAAUUUUUUUCCCAAAGUUUUGAAGUUCUUUGUGACACCCAUGACAUGAGAGUUAUUAUCUCCCUAGAUAAAAUGUAAAAGAUUUUUUUAAAAAAAAUUACUACAUAUAAAUAGUAAUUUCAAUAAUUUUAUUUUGAAUUUUUUUCAUUAAAUAUUUAGUGCAUAUAUUGUCUCUGCUGUGCUGAGGAAUUUAUAGAUACCGAAAAGAACAAAACUGAUUUCAGGGUGAAUUCUCAUUUUGUAAGUCAGUCACAUGAUGAUUUUUUGUUUUCACUACUUUAUUAUACAUUGUUACUUUAUUAAUUGGCUUAAAGACCAGAUUAAUAUCUAUAUUUUCAUUGUUAGAAAGCUCUAUAUAGAAAAGUCAGUGCCCUUUUUACAAUGAUUACUUAAUCAGCACAAAUACUAGCCUACAAGAUCAAUCCUGAACAGUCGUAAACUAUACUAUUUAAGAUGACUUUAUUGUGAAGCAUUUACUUCCCCCAAAUUAUCAUGUUUUCUCUUCCCCUUGAUGGAAUAGUACAUUAAAGGGUAUAAUUCUAAUUACUGUAAAUAAGCAUUCGUGCUAGGUAAGUUGUUUUUAUUUGGUUUUGUUUUUAUGUCUUAGAUCAUCUUGUGAGGCUUUUUGCUCAUCCUGUAGUAAAGUUUUAUGUAGAAAAGUUAAAACUGUAAAUGGUCCUUGUAAAAAUUAGUUUAUAAUAUUUGGAAGUAGAAUGUCUGUUUAUUGAACUUUUAUAAAUAAAGUUGAAUUUCCUAGA